AUGAUAAAUUCACGUGGUGUGUCCCCCGCUGUGGCGUUGCCCGGAACUUUUUUGCCGACGCCCACGGCGAGUGUUGCAUCCCCGGCCGUGCAGUCUGGGCCGCCACGCGAUGGGGUGGAAGCCGGGGCCGCAGCAGCAGCAGCGGCGGCGGCGGCGUUUCCAUUGCCGCCGUCACCACCAGCAGCGAGGAGCGAGUCACGGGGGCUGCGCCGAUCGCCCCGUGCGAGUUGGAGUCCUCCCAUCCUCGAGGGGCGCGAUCCGCGGCAGCUGGUGACGCGCGCCGAAGAGUUGCGGUCGGGGGACUACGUGAUGAUCGUCGUUGGGGGCCAAGAAGCAGCCGCCGUGCGUGGCAACGCCCCUUUGACGUCUGUGUACGCAGCUGUCCCGCCCGGCCGGCUGCGUGUUUGUCGCGAGUACCCCGUCGGAACGCUGCGGGAGCUCUUUGAUCUACGCCCGUCGCAGCGCAUCUUCUUGGGCGACACUGCCAUUGACGACGAGAGUCUGACGUUUGAGAAGUUGGGUGUCGGGCCGCUGCAGCGCUUCAGCUUCUGCUCGGAACCGCCAUCGAGGGCGGGAUUGAAUGCGACGAGAACGAGGAUGAAGACCGCGGUGCAAGGGGAAAGGGAAAGGGAAAGGGAAAGGGAGAGGAGGCGGCAGCCGCACCGGAAUGAUGUGUAUGAGGGAAUUGUGCUGUCGCGAGCGGCGUCCCCGACGGAGUGCGACGACAGGGCGGCGGCGCUUCCCGACCAGGGCCCUGGCGCCGCUGCCGACGCCGGGAGGGGCAGGGGAAAGGCGGGUGAAGGCAGGCAUGGAGCGGGGGGCGACGGCGGCGUCGACGAUGACGGGAGGCACGAGCAGCGGAAGGGGGAGGGUGGUGGUUCCGAGCAACCCACGCCUGCGAGCGUGGCGCAGCUCUUGGACGUGAGCGUGGACGGGACGGAGGUGGAGGUGCCGUGGCACAGCGAGAAGGCCCCGGAUGAAAUUUACACGCGUCCCCUUCCGGCACCGCCGCCGUCGUGCGCACCGGCCUCGCAGUUGCCGAACGCUGUGUCCCUGCAUGAGGGCAGUGCGACGUCAACUAGACCCGUUAAGAAAUACUUCCAGGCUCACACACCGCGUGAGUCGCGCGGGGGUCGCACAUCCAGCGAGGAGGUGCCUGUUUGCUCGAAGGAGACUUCCUCGCCAGCUGCCGGCCCGACGAAUGCGCCUCCUCCUGCGGCAAGGCCGGCGCCGCAACGCUCCGCAGGGAAAGUGUCGAAUGCCGCCGGCGAAGCUUCCGAUGCGGCCGUGCCCCAUGCCCCUGCGUCUAUCCUUGCAACGGGGCCCCUCCCGAGAGAAAGCCGUGGGUUUGCCUCCUACUCUGGCCGGGAGGCCUGCCGGUGGCGGCGGCCUCCACCACCGCCACCCGCCCCCCCACGGCGGGAGUCCGGAGUGGCGAAAGACGCCGAAUCCGCCGGGGCCCAUCGAACCGCUUGGCGUCGGCGCGACGCCGCCGUUGAUCCCCGCGACCCGAGUCGUCGGUAG